UCUCCUUCUUCUCUCCUAGACAUACGUCUAGAGCCACUUUGGAUCUACGGGUCUUGAUUGCGCGGAGUCUCAGCCUUACACCCAUCUACAUCCACUUCUUCUCCAUUCGCUCAAGCGCAGGAUGCAGGCGGUCGUUCGGGAUCCCCAUCGACCGAGGCAGAGUCGUAUGGAUCUCCCACAUCCACGACAUUUGGGUUCCCCAGGACAUCCACUUUACCCGUUCAAAAUCCCAACAAGACGACCUUUUCUAUUCCCAGAACCAUCACUGCACCUGUUCAACCCUCCGCUUCUGCUCAAUCCCCAAAAUCCAAUUCACACGGUGCUGCCAGGAGGAAAUCGCGAGGAUACGGAUCCAUGGCAGUCUCACCACCUACCAUCGAUGAACAGUACUCGAGCCUUGCUUCGCCUACCAGAGAAUUCAGAGAAGGUCCUCUACCUGCUUUUAGGGCUCGACGAGUGAGCAUGGCUAGAUCUCCACCUGGUCCACUGGUACAAGAUGAAGAAAUGGGAACAGGCGGAGGACAAUCUUCAAGGUCCAUGCCUAGGAAGAAGAGUCAAGAUGUGGAUCAAAACUACACCCGGAUCUCAGCCUCCAUCCGAGAUUCUUCAAAUCGUCUCGCCUCUUUAUCCUUUAAACCCCGAGCUUCCAUAUCAUCUCUCACAUCUGGAUCCAACGAAGCGGCCUCGAUAUCACCUUAUAGUCUCAGAUUCACGCAUCACCAUCAUUCAGUCUCUAGCGGUCAUUCUGUCCCUGUCCAUCCUCUUCCAGGUCCCAGUCAUCUAUAUGAGACACUGCUCAGUCCUCAAUCUUCGGGAUCAGGCGGUGUCGCUCAAGCCGAUGGAUCCCCAAGAUUAUCAAGGACCAGUCCGAAAGUACCUCUCGAACCUAUCAAUUCGGAGGACGUCUCACCUACCCAGAGUCAAUCUGGUCCUUCGGGCCUCAGUCGAAUGAUGGAGCUUGAAAAGGCUAGGUCGGCAAAAAUACACUCUCCUAUCCAUGAAGGAGUGGAACUGCCUGACGAUACGACCCCGAGACCUUCGCGUGGGCAGAGCACAGUCCAACUGAGCGCUGGUGCUGCAAGUCCGGACCAGUCAAACUCACCAGACGAUCAACUUGCAAUGCCUACUAUAACUGACUCAGGGCGAAAGUCCAACCGGACGGAGAUGGCCCCGGCGAUCAUUGUCGAACCGAGUGAAGAGGAGGAACAACACGCUGCUAGGACCCUUCAAAGGUACAUUACCAAGACUUUAGGUGAAGAGGACGAGGAGAACAACGACAACAGCGGCAGCAGCGAGAACAGUCCUCUACUGAGACGUCGGUCGGAAAGUCUAGCACAUGACAAAACGCACGAACACGGCUCCGGUUCCGGUCGAUUGGGACGGACGCGAUGGGAACUGAAUCAAAGGGUGCGAAAGAUGACUUGGAAAGGAGUCCUGAGUGCGUGUGUCGCCGAUCCCCUCAAAACGUUGCCCAGUGUGAUAUUGGGGAUGCUGCUGAACGUCCUGGAUGGAGUCAGUUACGGAAUGAUCUUGUGAGCCUCGCCAGCAAGGACUUCUGGCGGUGCUGAGGAUGUAACGAUGAACAGGUUCCCGGCCACUCCAGUGUUCAACAACUUUGGCCUCUUGGGCGUGUCCAUGUUUUUCAUGAGUUGCAUCGUGUCCCAGCUCGUAUUCUCCCUUGGGGGGAGUAUUUUCC